GAAAAUUGCUUUGAAGCACGUCUGUUCCUACUCGGUAAAAGCGGCGUUGACGGACGGGUCCGCGUCAGUCAUGGUGCUGGUCCUGGUCCUGGUCCGUGCGGCGGUGCUGCUGGUCGGACUGGCGGUGUCGGACUUCGCUCCUCCCACAAUCAACGUAAACCUGGGCGAUGAGCCACAAGUGCGAUGGAUGCCGAUUCUUAAAGUAUUUGACUCCGACUUCCUCAAGAAAGCUGCUCAAGAGGUCAUAGAUUCAACAAUUCCAAAAUGGCUUCACAAAGUUCUCAGACCUCUGAUAAUGGUCUCCGAGGUGCUCCUUCUUCCUGAGCCUUAUGGCGAGGAGCUCCGUGGCAUGGCCGCCCACUUUGGCACAAGCCUCUCUGAUGCCAUAAUGCUCAACUUCGCCUAUGAAGCAUCUGCAUUCUGCACGAGCAUUGUGGCUCAGGACAAACAAGGAAACGUGUACCAUGGCAGGAAUCUUGACUACCCACACUCUGUUCUGAGGAAUCUUACUGUCAACGUUAUCUUCCGGAAGGACGGAAAGAUCUCAUACGUUGGAACCACCUUUGCUGGCUAUGUUGGUCUGUGGACAGGACAAAGUCCAUACAAGUUCACUGUUUCUGGUGACCAGCGAGGCCGGGGUCACUUGUGGGACUUCUGGAAGAAUAUCGUCUCAGCUUUCCUGUUGAGGAGAAGCCCAGUCAGCUGGCUGGUGAGAGAGACUCUAGAAAAGGCAGAAGACUUUCAAGAUGCCGUCCUGCGUCUUUCCAAAAUUCCCAUCAUCACAGGAGUGUAUUACAUUGUGGGUGGUGCACGGGCAGGUGAAGGGGUCGUCAUCACCAGAGACCGAGGGGGCCCCGCAGAUAUCUGGCCGUUGGAUCCGCUGAGUGGAGGAUGGUAUAGAGUGGAGACCAACUUUGACCACUGGCUUCCGUCCCCAGCCAAGGAUCAUCGAAGAGAAGCAGCAGAAAAAGCAAUGAAUGCUACCGGUCAAGAACAUAUCAAUAUGUAUGCGCUUUAUCAGGUUUUGUCAAUACUUCCCGUCUGUAAUGGGAUUACAGUUUAUACAACAAUAAUGAGUGGAGCAACCCCAGAGAAAUAUACCACACUUGUUAGGCCACCGGACUGCCGUGCUUCCAGUGGUUAGUGAAGUGGAACCACGAUUUUCCCCGUCUGAGUGAAACUGAUGAGCAUUUCUUUAAAAAAAAAAAAAAAAAUUCACAGGAAAAUGUUGUCAAAUGCAGUUUGGAAAAGUACUACAAUGCAGAUUCCACAAGGCAAUAAACCCCCACACCCCAAUUCAGAGACCAGAUCCUGAAAAGGUCAUAUGUGAAAAAUAUGUGAAAAUGUGAAACCACCUACUCAAGCUUAAUAAAAAGGGCAAGAGGGGAAGCGGCGGCACGGUGGCCGACUGGUUAGAGCGUCAGCCUCACAGUUCUGAGGACCGGGGUUCAAUCGCCUGUGUGGAGUUUGCAUGUUCUCCCCGUGCCUGCGUGGGUUUUCUCCGGGCACUCCGGUUUCCUCCCACAUCCCAAAAACAUGCAUUAAUUGGAGACUCUAAAUUGCCCGUAGGCAUGACUGUGAGUGCGAAUGGUUGUUUGUUUCUAUGUGCCCUGCGAUUGGCUGGCAACCAGUUCAGGGUGUACCCCGCCUCCUGCCCGAUGACAGCUGGGAUAGGCUCCAGCACGCCCGCGACCCUAGUGAGGAGAAGCCGCUCAGAAAAUGGAUGGAUGGAAGAGGGGAAGCAGAUGGCAGAAAGGGUCCUGCUCGCUGAGAGAAUGACUGCUGUCUCUUUGAGGUGCAUGCUCAAUUGAGAAUAUCUGUAGAUUUGCAGAUUAACUCUGACACCAUUCACAACGCAAUGACAAACAUCCAACGUUAUGGGUAAGAUCUUGAGCAUCAUCAAUGCAAAGGCCACCAUUCUUAAUAGUUGUGGACUCUGUGUGUGUGCGUGUACUGCAUUAAGCCAACUUGAAAACAUGUUCUAAAAAUAUGUAUCUUUCGUCUAUAACAACAAAUCAAUAAAAUCUUCAAAUAAU